AUGGAGCCAUCACCCAAGGGGAUGGAAGAGGGCAAGUCCCCGCUGGAAUUCAUUAAUGAACCAAAGACUCUACAAGGCGAGGUAGAAGGGUUCGAUGAUGGGCAAACGCAUCGCGGAUUGAGCUCGCGUCAUAUCCAAUUUCUUGCUCUCGGUGGUUGUAUUGGAACGGGCUUGUUCGUUGGAAGUGGUUCGACAUUAUCGACAGUUGGACCAGCACCACUUCUCAUGGGAUACAUUGUCAUGUCAACUGUUGUCUACUUCAUUAUGAACAUGCUGGGUGAAAUGACAACCUACUUACCCGUACGCGGUAUUUCUGUACCUUAUUUGAUCAACCGAUUUACCGAGCCAAGUAUCGGCUUCGCUGUUGGAUGGAACUAUUGGUAUUCAUUCUCUAUGUUGACGGCGUCAGAAGUCACAGCAGCCGGGCUUGUCAUACAGUAUUGGCCAAUGAAUGUUAGCGUCGGCGUAUGGAUCGCGAUUAUUCUUCUUGUCAUUCUCGUCCUCAAUAUUGUCGCGGUGUCAUGGUACGGUGAAGCCGAGUUCUGGUUCGCAUCGUUAAAAAUCAUUGCUAUCAUCGGUCUCAUCAUUCUCGGCAUCGUUCUGUUCUUUGGCGGAGGACCAAGUCAUGACAGACUGGGAUUCCGUUACUGGGAGCACCCAGGUGCAUUCAAAGAGCCGUACUUGGUGUCAAAUGUGAAUACCGGUCGCUUCCUGGCCUUCUGGACUGCCUUGAUCAAGUCUGGCUUCUCCUUCAUCUUCUCUCCCGAAUUGAUCACCACUGCCGCUGGUGAAGCUGUCGCGCCUCGUCGAAACAUUCCCAAAGCCACCAACCGAUUCAUCUACCGUUUGUUUGCGUUCUACGUUCUUGGAAGUCUUGUGAUUGGAAUCACUGUUGCAUACAAUGACAAGAGCCUUCUCCAGGGUGUCGCCAGUGGUAGUUCCGGAGCUGGUGCCAGUCCAUUCGUGAUUGGCAUCCAGAAUGCUGGAAUCAGUGGCCUCAAUCACGUCAUCAACGCCGCCAUUCUUCUUUCUGCUUGGUCUUCCGGUAACUCCUGGGUCUACGCCGGUUCGCGGACACUGUAUUCUCUUGCGUGCCAGGGCCAAGCGCCCAAGGUAUUCACUCGUUGCAGCAAGAACGGUGUGCCUUAUGCUGCGGUCCUAAUAACCUGGUCCAUUGGACUUCUUGCUUUCCUGAACCUGUCAAGCUCAGGAUCGGAUGUGUUUUAUUGGUUCACUAACAUCACUACAGUUGGAGGAUUUAUAUCCUGGGUUCUUGUUGGCGUCGCUUAUCUCCGCUUCCGUCGGGCUCUUGAUUUCCAUGGGCUUUUAGAGUCACGACCAUUCAAGACUCCAUUCCAACCGUAUGGAACUUACUAUGCCCUCGUGGUUGUCUCCUUGUUGGCAAUCACUAAUGGCUACACUAUCUUCUUCCCUGGUUCUUUUACAGCAUCGGGCUUCUUGGUUUCUUAUAUUGUCUUCGCCAUCUUUUUUGCAUUGUAUUUUGGACAUAAGAUUUGGUAUCGGACACCCUGGAUGGUUCCGGCUGCGGAUGUCGAUAUAUUCUCUGGCAAAGAGGAGAUUGAUCGCAUGUGUGAAUUAGACGUUGAGCCACAACCCCGCAAUUGGCUGGAACGCGUCUGGUGGUGGAUUGCGUAA